AUGGGCGUGGAGCAGCUGAUGGACGCGCUGCUGGGCACCAUGAAGGAGUGGCAUGACACAUGCUUCCCGCGCCCUCGCCGCCCCGACCACGUGUACUACGACCCGUUCCCCUUCCCAGUCCUAGAGGACGAGAUGGAGGUCAAACCCCUCUGGGACGCCCCGGUGGGGAUCCAUACGCGUUUAGAGCCGCUGCUGCUGUCGCAGGACCCGAAGCGCGUGACGGCCCUUCGCAUGCUCGCCUGUAACAACUGCGAGUGGGACCUUGGGAAGCUGCUGCCAGUGGGGCGCUCGUGCGUGAAUCUGCAGUCGCUCUCCGUUGGAGCGCUGCCAGAUCUCGACUUCCAUGGCCACAGCUGUUUGUAUGACGAGAUCUUGACGCAGCCCACGGUCUGGAUUUGGCCGGAGGGUGCUCAGGUGGAACAGAUGAAUCAGCUUAUAACGGGUUGCCCACACCUCCGCUCACUACACUUCCACCUCAAUACCAACGAAUACUUCACCAUAAGGGAAGAGGUCUUUCCCCUCCUCUCCCGUCUCGAACACCUCUCCCUCCCUCUCGCCGACCUCCCACCUAACCUCCUUCCCCACCUCUCCUCCCUCCGCUCCCUCCGUCUCUCCCUCUCCGCGCCCCAGCACCCCCUCCUCCUCUCCGGUCGCCCCUUCCACUCUCUCCCCCUCCUCUCCCUCCUCCACCUCUCCCUCCUCUCUCCCACCUCACUCCUUUCCGAGCCUCUCUCACCGGACCUGUUUGCGGGGCUUGGGCCGAGCCUGCGGUCCUUGACUUUCCUGGUGUAUGCGAAGCCGAAAGGAGCGGGCGGGGGAGGGGAUGGUGGGGAAGGGGGGAUGGGGAGGAGUGAGGACGAGGAGGAGGGCGGAUGGGUGGGGGAUGAGUGGGCGAGGGAGGACGAGGUGGUGGGGUGGUUGCCUGCGUCGCUCUGGUCGCUCACACGCCUGCAGCACCUGAGCACCAACGUGGGAGGCGCGUGGGACUGCACUGGACUCAACACCCUCUUCCCACCCCACGCCUCGCACUCCAUCCCCUCCUCUUCCUUCUUCUACCGCACCAAGCCUGGUCCCACCGAACCUGCAACUAGUCUUACGGAACCUCCCUCUUACCCCGAAUCGGCUCCUUCCUCCGGCUCCCUCCGCCACCUUACUCUCACGGGGACAGCUGGCGUCAUCCCAUUGGCUGUGUGGGGGCGCCUGUGCCCGCAGCUGCUCUCGCUCAAGAUCCAGGGCUCGCCCCACGUGGCUGUGCGGGGGUGGGGGGAGCAGCUGGCGGAGGGUUCUGGGGAGAUGGGCGCGCCGCAUGGCGCAUGUGGUGAGGGGGAGGGCGCAUGUGGCGAGGGGGAGGGCGCAUGCGGUGAGGGGGAGGGCGCAUGCGGUGAGGGGGAGGGCGCAUGCGGUGAGGGGGAGGGCGCAUGCGGUGAGGGGGAGGGCGCAUGCGGUGAGGGGGAGGGCGCAUGUGGUGAGGGGGAGGGCGCAUGUGGUGAGGGGGAGGGCGCAUGUGGUGAGGGGGAGGGCGCAUGCGGUGCAGCAGAGAAGGCAGCUCGGUGCCUCUUCCCUUCCCUCGAGGAGCUUGUGCUGCGCAACGUGACCAGCCAUGCAUCGCAGCAUACAGGGAGAGAGCAGACAGGCCCACAGCAGCAGCAGCAGCAGCAGCAGCAGCAGCAGCAGCAGCAGCAGCAGCAGCAGCAGCAGCAGCAGCAGCAGCAGCAGCAGCAGCAGCAGCAGCAGCAGCAGCAGCAGCAGCAGCAGCAGCAGAGGAGGAGGAGGCAGCAGCAGCAUAGUCUUGAAUUGAUGGGCGUGCUGCCGCGCCUCACCCACCUGGCAAUCGACCACACCCACUCGCUUUCAGACCCCCCCACCCCAACGCACGCCCCCACCAUCCUCCCGCCCCUCCUCCCCAACCUCACCUUCCUCCGCAUCCACUCCCCCCCACCCGACCCCCUCCCCGUGCUGCCGCACCUGCGCACGCUGAUAGUGGGGUCGUACCCUCACUCCUCGCGCUUCCUCUCCUCGCUCUCCCUCUUCCCCGCCCUCACUGCCCUCCGCAUCUUCAACCUAUCCAUGCACAACUACCAGUCCGCCCUCUCCUGCCCUCCCUCACUCAAAUCUCUCCAAAUCUGCUUCUCCCACCUUCCUCUCCUCCCCGACUCCCUCCGCCUCUUCUCCUCCCUCACUCGCCUCGACCUCUUCCAGUGUUCCAAGCCCCUCGCCCUGCCCGCCUGCCUCUCUGCCUUCUCCUCGCUCGCCCACGCGUCCUUUGGCCGCGACUACGACCCUGUGCUGCCCUGCCGCCUCCAGGAGUACCUCCGGGGGAAAACCUGGGAGCGGGAGGAAGCAGGGGAAGGGGGAGCGGAAGGGGAAGGGGGGUGGGAAGGGAAGGGAGAAGGAGAGGGAGAGGGGGAGGAGGAGGGAGAGGGGGAGGAGGAGGGGGAGGAGGAGGAAGGGGUGGGGGAGGUGGAGGUGAGAGGCUCGCCAAAUAAUGCGAACUCCAGAGGCUGCAGCAGGAGAAGCGGCCAUGAGAUGGCAGCUCAGGCCAGCUCCCUUUCGUGCCUCUCAUGGCACCCCGCCUUCUCUCCCUUCUGCGUCCUCCUCUCCUCCCCCACCUCCCACACCUUCUCCCUGCUCCCCUCCUGCCCGCCUCCCCUCACCCUCCCCCAUGCCAUCACCCCCUCCUCCCUCGCCUCCUGCUUCACCCGCCACUAUGAAACCGAAUGGACCUCAGCAUUCCCCCCCAUCUGGUUAGCCUCUCUCCCCUCCUCCUCCUCCCUCGCCCACACCCUCACGCUCUACCCCAACCUCUCUGCGCUCCUCCUCCCCAUAGUCUCCACCGCCACUCACCCCCUCCACCCCUCCCAUGUGCGCUCCCUCCUCUCUGCUGCCGCCGCCCUGCCCGCCCUCACCUCCUUCUCCGUGCUGCUCGAGCCGGGCUUCAGGGGAGAAGGCGACUGGGGGUACGGGCGGGACGAGCUGUGGGAGAUUCCUGAGGAGGAGAGGAAGCGGGAGGUGCGGCAAUGGUGGGGGGAGACGAGCAGGGAGGUGGAGAGCGGGCUGGUGGCGGUGCUGACGGGGUGCCACGGUCUCAAAGAGCUGCGCAUUCAGGGGGAGAACGCCGCCCACCGCCUCAAACUUCCUCCGUCUCUCUUCCUCCUCUGCACGCAUCUCUCCACUCUCUCCCUCCCUCUCUCUCGCCUCCCCACCUCCCUCCUCCUCCUCACUCGCCUCACCUCCCUCUCCCUCGCCCUCCCUGUGGGUUUCAUGCCUCCCCAGUUCGCCCACUCCUCGCCCUUGGCCCGCCUGUCCUCCCUGCGCUCCCUCUCACUCCAUGUCUGUGAGCAUGACAUCAGCUGCAGCGGCGUGUCUGAGGAUGACAGCAGCUGGAGUGGGCUCUCUCAGGACCUGCUGCUGGGCCUGCCGCCAUGCCUCUCCUCCCUCUCCCUGCACCUCCCCACCGCCACCAUGCCCGCCUCCUUCUCCUCCCUCACUGCCCUUACGCUCCUCGCCACCAACCUCUGGAUUCCGGGGCUGGAGGGAAAGGAGGAAGAGGGAGACGGAGGGGUGGGAGAGGAGGAGUGGGAGGGGGAGAGAUGGGAGGACGAGGCAGAGGAGGAGAGUGGUAUGGGCGAGGGAGAUGAGGAUGGUUGGUGUGAUGACCAUGAUCAUGCUGAUCGCUGCCCCAAUCAACUUCACAACUCAGCCGGUGCUUCAAGCAUUCACGACAACACACUGCUGCCUCUCUGCAACCUCACUUCCCUUACUCUCUCCGGCUGCCGCUUUUUCCCGCCGCUCAUUCGACACCUCACUCGCCUCACAUCCCUCUCCCUCGGAUCUAUCAACGCCUAUGAUGAAACCUCCUGCACCCGUUUCUGCUCGCUCCACCACGGUCUCUCUCUCCUCACUCGCCUGCGCGACCUCUCCCUCUGCUGCGACAACUUCUCCCGAGAGCGCCUCCCCCACUUGCCCCGCCUCCGCCGCCUCCACGUGCAGAACUACUGGCGCAACAGUAAGACCGUCGACAUGACCCGGCUGAUGGCUGCUGUGGCGCACUCCUUGGAGCAGCUGCACAUUGUGUUUGACUCGGGCACGUGCGCCCGUCUGUGCAGGAGAGGAAGCACCAUAGAGUUGAGCUUCCGGAAGCUCAAGCUGCUGCACCUGGAGGACUCAACGGACGAUGCUUGGGUGGACAUGUGUCUCUUCCCUGUCCUAGAACACAUGGCACUGCCAUACAAGGCCAGUGUGUUCUGGGAGAUGGAGAGUGGUUUCUCAUCUAACCUGCGCUUCCUGCGACUAGGUGCUGUUAGACUGCCUAAAGAGCUCGGUCACCAAGAGCAUGAGCUGAUGCAGCUCACGGCGCUCACCACUCUCAUUGUGGACGAAGCUGACUUCCGGGAUUUCCUUGCAGCACUCUCCUGCUUCUCCUCCCUGCGCACUCUCCGCCUCUCCAACAUCACCAGAGGCUGCUCUGAACCCUACUUCACCUGCCCGCCUCUCCUCUCCACACUUCAGAUUUGCUUCUCUGACCUGCCCCGCCUCCCCCCCUCACUCGCUCACUUCUCCCGCCUCACCCGCCUCGACCUGCUGCACUGGCGCCGCCUGCACUCUCUCCCGCCCUUCCUCUCGUCCUUCUCGUCGCUGCGCCACUUGAGAGUCACGAGCGAUGGGCCCAAGCCCACACACCCUGCUUGCUUGAGAGGUUUUCUUCAAGGCAGGGACUGGUACGAGCAUUCGCCAUGCGACGGCAUGAAUUGGUAUCGGGUCGAGCAUUUAUUACAUGUCUCCCCCAUAGGGGUGCGCAUCGAGUAA